CCAGUUGUUUCUUCUUUUUUUACGGAAACGGAAGGGGUGGUACACAUGUAAAGUGAAACCUCGAAGCUAGCUCUCGUCUGCCCGAGUUAUUACUUUGUCAGUAAACAAUUAUGGCGGCCGCGGAUCCCUGGUCCUCGAGUCAUGACAGGCCCGCAAGCAGAGGAGAGUUCCCGGCUGGUGAGAGCAGCAACGAGCGCGAUGGCCCGGGAGGAAGCGGCGGAGAGGGAGAAUCCGAGCCAGAUCGGUCAACAUUCGAAUGCAACAUUUGUUUGGACACAGCAAGGGACGCUGUCAUCAGCUUGUGCGGGCACUUGUUCUGCUGGCCCUGCCUUCAUCAAUGGUUGGAGACACGGCCCAGCCAACAGCAGUGUCCUGUGUGUAAAGCGGGCAUCAGCAGAGAGAAAGUCAUCCCCCUCUACGGCAGAGGGAGCUCCAGCCAAGAGGACCCCAGGUUGAAAACCCCACCUCGGCCUCAGGGACAGAGAACGGAGCCAGAGAGCAGAGGGCCCUUCCAGGGGUUUGGGGACACUGGCUUCCACAUGUCCUUUGGGAUCGGUGCAUUCCCAUUCGGCUUCUUCACCACAGUCUUCAACACCAAUGACCCCUUCCACAGAGCAGACGCAUACGCAGCCGAUCACCAAGGCGACCCUGACAACGGCAACAACUGGCAGGACUCUCUCUUCCUGUUCGUGGCCAUCUUCUUGUUCUUCUGGCUGCUGACUGUGUGAGGGAGAAGAUGGAUAGAAGGUGGAAAAGGAGAGGUGUAGGGAUGGGGGAGUGUGUGUGUGUGUGUAUGUAUAUAUAUAUUACACACACAUCAAAGCAUCAGGAACUACCGACUUUCUGGCUCAGUAGAGACUGGGAGACUUUAGACUAUAGAUGGGUGGUGGUGGGAUGACUGUCAGUUUACUCUUAGCAAGCGAUAUCUAAUGCAGCAAACAAACGUGUCAAAUAUUUGUGUAUUAGCCCCCCCCCCCCAAAUGAUUUACGAGAUUCAUUUGGAUUGGGAGAGUACACUGAGACACCACUCUGUGGUGGUGGAUGAUACCCAAACGUGAGGGUGAGUGAAGCGAAGUCAAUCUUUCGACCUUUCUCUGCAUUUGUACAUAAAUACACCACAUGCACACACACACACAGUGGAUACCUGGGUUGAAGCGUGGGGGCUGACUUUUUAGGGAUGGGACUGGUGUAUAGACUGGAAUCAGUGUUGAGAGAAAUGGUUGGAUUGAGUUAAUUGUAAAUUAGGGGAGUAUGACAAUGAUCACUAAGUAACUUUACUGUACCACAAUACCUAGAGAUACAGUUGAAGUCUGAAGUUUACAUACACCUUAGCCAAAUACAUUUAAACUCAGUUUUUCACAAUUCCGGAUAUUUAAUCCUAGUAAAAAUUCC